AUAAAAAAGUCGACAGCGCAAUGUCUCUCCCUGACAAAUCAACCAAUGGACUAAAAGGGGUGCUAUUCUGGUUUAUAUUAAGAAUUCUAUUGGCUGUGGUAUUUGAUAUAAUGGGGACCAUAGAUACCCUCGGUGUCUUGAAUCCAAAUGAG